GUACAAAAUCACCCUAUUAGGCUGCCACAGACAGAGAUGCCCCGAUUGCCAGAUAGAGCUUCCGCAGAAGAAGCACGUGCUGCGGCUGGCUUCUCAGAAGAAGAGUGGCGGAGGUUCAUUGACAUCACCAAAGACAUUGCCCGUGGGAUGCAGGAUGGAACGCCUGAUAUUCGGUGGCGUCGAGUUCCUUUUAAUCUUAAGCGGUCAACUAUGGAUCGCAUAAACGACCUACUUGCGCAAGAAGGAAUUCCUGUGGUAGAGAUAGAUCUUAUAGGGUGGCGCAUGAGUAGAGCUAUCGGAAACCUAAAACAGUCCAGAGCCCGUGUCGCUAAAGCGGCUACUACGUCAGCCAACAUAACUACGUCAACCGACACAACUACGGACGCAGGUGUGUCUGCGGUGGAAGCUCCAGCGGCCACUGCAAGCGGAUUGAACCGUGGUUUCGACGCAGUGAGGGACGCAGAGCGCUCCAUGAAGUCAUCCUGAUCCCUGUUACUUCGUCACUGCAACUCGUGCCAACAACCACGGUGCUGCGAGGGUGUGGAGAAUGGAUAGCCGACGAGGAUCGCACAAACUAGCUCCUUUUUGAUGUAACAAUGAACAUUUGGCAGCCGUUGGCUAUCUAGCC